AUGGUGCCUGAUCGAUGCUAUUUCAGUCAUCCAUUGCACAUCAUCUUCCUCAAAAUCAUCAUUGUCCACACCGACGUUGCGGCUGUAAGUGCUGCUACAAAUGUCAUUAUCGAGGCGGCACUGCUAUCUGCGAAUAACAUCAGAAACGUCCCCUCGCGCGAGAUCCACUCUCUAGGAAUGCCGAUCAUUGCGGGUCCACUACGCGAGUGUAAUGGUGGGUUCUUUGAAGAUAUCAGAUUGAAUUAUUUCUAUCCCAAUAUUGCUAGACAUUUUCAUGUGGCUAAAGUUGUUGUUAAGUAUCGGACGUACCAUAUGCGCUACGCCUGCCAACGAUGCCAAUUCUACAAAAGGAUGAUGAUUGAGCACAGUGCCGUUAGCACGCUUGAUAUGUAA